GGCGGGCCUGGCAGCGCCGGUGCCCUUCUCAAAGAUGGCGGCGGCCGGGCUGAGGCGAAGCGGGUGGGCGCUCUGGCGCUGCAGGGAAGCAUUACAGCAUGCUUCACAAAGCCGAUUCUUGCCUCCAGUCUUCCGAUGCCAACUCAAUCCAGCGCAGCGGGCUCUUCGUGUGGCAACCGCCCUCCGGAAAGCAUCGGAUGAUGCUAAACAGCCACCAUUCCCGUCCCCGAGUCAACAGCCCUUGGAGGAGCAACAGGAUCAGGAGCAUUCGCACUCGCAGCCCAGUUACACAGACCAAGGUGGUGAAGAGUCAGAAGGCUACGAGAGCGAGGAGCAGCUCCAGAAUCGGAUCCUGACGGCAGCUUUAGAGUUUGUGCCGUCUCACGGCUGGACAGCCGAUGCUAUUGCAGAGGGAGCCAAGUCCCUGGGUCUCUCUGUUGCCGCAGCAGGGAUUUUCCACAACGACGGCAGCGAACUGGUCCUGCAUUUUGUGACCCAGUGCAAUUCCAGGCUUUCUGAGCUUCUCGAGGAACAGCACAAACUGGUGCAGCUGGGCCAAGCUGAGAAAAAGAAGACAGACCAGUUCCUCAAAGAUGCCUUGGAAGCCCGGCUGAGGAUGCUCAUUCCCUACAUUGAAAAGUGGCCCCAGGCGAUGAGUGUGUUGUUGCUGCCGCACAACAUCCCAGCCAGCCUCAACCUCCUGACAAGCAUGGUGGAUGACAUGUGGCACUACGCGGGAGACCAGUCCACCGAUAUCAACUGGUAUACGCGUCGCGCGGUGCUGGCCGGCGUUUACAACACCACGGAGCUCGUGAUGCUGCAGGACUCCUCCCCUGACUUCGAGGACACCUGGACUUUCCUCCACAACCGAAUAGACGACGCCAUGAACAUGGGACACACCGCCAAGCAGGUGCAGGCCACAGGAGAGGCCCUGGUCCAGGGGCUGAUGGGUGCUGCUGUGACCAUAAAGAACCUCACAGGACUGAACCAACGUCGGUGAAGGCAACACCGGCUCCGGUGACGUUCCAUCAUUAUUAUCCCACCUUUCGGUCCUUUCCCGGGAGUAGAAUUAAUAAUGACAAUUGCCUCAGUUCCGGAAGGGUUACUUCGGCAUAUUUACAUCUCUCUGGUGAAUGCAUAACGCCUAGUUUUUUUCUGAAUGCUGACAUACAGUAACUGUGAAUUAACUGAUCAUAAGAAUAAUAAAAUUGAAUGGGUUCUCUCUAUGGUUAUUUACA